AUGAAGGUCUCCCUCCUCCUUGGUGCCAUGGCCAUUGUGCCGUCGGCAGUCAAUGCCUACCCGUGGAUGGCCGAGCGUGCUGGCGGCGACGGCGGCAUGGACAGCCUGAAGCAAUACCUCCAGGGCAUGAAGUUUGACAACAACCAGCUCAGCAACCUCACCUCCCAGAUCAAGGCCGCUCAGGCCAAGGUCGGAGAUGUCGGUGCCCCGACCGCUCGCAUGACUGGCCCCUGGAACAAGUACACCAAGGACUCGAUCUACAAGACCUUCGGCCUCGAGCGUAAAGCCAGCUCCAAGCGUGGCGCGGGAGGCUCCGUCUGGGGUGUGGCCGAGGACGAAGCCCACCCUUACAUUCCUUACGACCCCAAGAACCCCGACCACGCCACCUGGCAGCGCGGCCCCUGCCCCGGUCUUAACACUGCCGCCAACCACGGCUACCUCCCCCGCGACGGCAUUGUCACCCCGGUCGACCUCUUUGUUGGUCUCUGGGAAGCCCUCUCGCUCGCCCCCGACCUCUGUGGCCUUCUUACCUUUGCUGGGUUUGUCUGGAAGGGCGACCUUGCGCAGAUGAAGAUGUCCAUUGGAGGUAACAAGGACGUUCAUGGCAACGUCGUCAUCAACGGCCCCGGUCUCUCCCAGCAUGGCGUCCUCGAGGGAGACUCUUCGAUCACUCGCGAAGACUCUGCUAUUGGUGACCAGGUCCACAUCAGCAUGUCCCGCUACAACCGCUUCAAGGGCUACUGCGCUGCUCAGUCGGAGUUUGACGUCACCAUCAAGUCUCUGUCCCAGGCUCGCAAGGCUGCUUUCGAUGACUGCGUCAAGUAUAACCCCAAGUGUGACAUGAACAUGCUGCGCAUGGUCGUCGCAUACGCCGAGUCUGGUUUUGGACACGAGGCUCUCCGUGGUGAGGCUACCGUCUUUACGGAGGAGAUGCUUGAGUACUGGUUCAUCCACGAGCGCUUCCCGCCCGGCUGGAGCAGGCGCGCCGUACCUGUCACCAGCUUUGAGAUGGGCGCUUGGGGUCUCGCCGUUUGGGCCGCCGCUCCCGUCAGUCCCGGUCUGUCGCUUGGUGGCAUUUAUGUUGGAGUGCCGUCGAUCACGUCUGUCCUUGCAAUGGGCAAGGUGUUGGGCUCCGGCAACACUAUGGGCCUCGUUCAAACGGCGGUGUGCUCCGUCAUGGGUGCGGUGACUGGUUUCAUUCCUAGCCAACUCACCGACGGCCUCUCUGGCCUGGGCGUGCCCGGAAUGAGCGCCAUGGCCUCGUGCUAA